CGAAUCGAAUCACGAAUGUGAUGUGUUUUCCUCACACUCUGCUUACUGCUGUCGAAGUGUACACUGCUCGUGGUACCUCCAUACGGGGGCUACGCGUUUUGUUACUUGUUCGCUAAUAAUAUAUUCUGCGACUUUCUGUUUCUUGAAGAAGUUGUACAGAAAAAAAGGAGUAGACACUAUGGGAUGUGCUAGCUAUUGUGAAGUUAACACAGCUAAUUACUCCACACACAGCGGAGGAAAAAAAGGAAGAAAAAAAUAAAUAAAUUGAAAUGAUAAAAGCUGAAACUCUGUCUAAAGUGCAAGCAGAUUUUCUUUACUCCUUGUUGUGAAGAAUACGUGAACUAUGUCAGUGGUGUUGCUUCCUAAAGCCUCAGUGCCUGUACGAGGCUCUGGCGAUGGCAUGGAGACAGAUAUGCCGCCUCUUGCCUCGGAGAUCACCACCGAUACGCCGAUGCAAGUGCCUACGCCUCAGCACAGCCCCAAGGCCACUCUCCCGUUGCUGCACCCUGGGGUUCUGCACCUCGGCAAGGUGAGCAGGGAGGCGUGCGCAGAGGUGGAGGCGACACGCAUCCUGGUUCCACACUCCGCCAUCAGCAGGAGCACUCGCGUACUGGCCCCGGCCCCGAACCCCGCACAGGGGGAGCAGCCUUCAGCAGAGCCCUCCAAACAGGCGCAAGACUGGAGGAGUGCCCUGGAGAAGCUGCAGAACUCAGAGCGCAGGCUGCUGCAAGACAAGGAAGGACUCUCCAACCAGCUGCGCAUCCAGACUGAGGUGAACAGGGAGCUGAAGAAGCUCCUAGUGGCCUCCGUGGGGGACGACCUGCAGUACCACUUUGAGCGACUGGCCCGGGAAAAGAACCAGCUGGUGCUGGAGAACGAGACACUGAGCCGCAGCCUGUCCCAAACCGCAGAACAGCUGGAGCGUAUGAGCAUCCAGUGCGAUGUGUGGAGGAGCAAGUUCCUUGCCAGCAGGGUAAUGGCAGAGGAGCUGACAAAUGCACGAGCCACUCUCCAGCGCCAGACCCGAGAAGCCCAAAGCGCUAUACAAGACCUGCUCAGGGAGAGAGAGGAGUUCUCAAGAGACAUGCUGCAUACCCACAGGUGUCUGGAGCAGCUGCUUGUCUCACUGCAGUGGGGUCGGCAGCAGACCUAUUACCCCAGCGCCCAGCCCCUAAGCACUGGUGAACUGGCGGCAGCUAAUAAGAAGCUUGCUGAUGCUGUGAAGUGUCACUUGCUGGGAAAUGUUGGCAGCAGCAGUAGUCUGAAGAGCACACAGGCCUCAGAGCUGUGCAACACCCCUGCAGAAAAGAUGGCAGAGAAGGUGUUGAAGAUUCUUGACCCAAUGCAGUGCUCUGACAGCGAUGCUGGGUCCACCACGUCUGCGUUCUUGCCCAAUAAGAAGAACAUAGGACGGUUCCAUCCUUACACGCGCUAUGAGAACAUAACCUUCAACUGCUGUGAGCGCUGUAGUGGAGAGUUGCUUGUGCUAUAGGCAAACGGUCUCAACUGCUGUCGUGGACAGUGUCUGGUAACCGUCUACUGAUGUACACCCUGUCACAGAUUGCAGUUGUGUAGCUUAGAAUGUUCAUUAGCUUCAUGUGACUACAGAGCUCCUGUUCUCCUGAGGGCAGUGAAAUUUUGAGCGCUGGGUUAAGCUGUCAGUACAGAGCAGAAGUUGCAGACUCAUUUUGAUGUCCUUGUGGCCUGAACUGGAUUUAGUACAGUGAUAUUUUAGGCCCUAUAUUAAGCUGCUUUUUAGGUGAGUUAUGUAACCCUAAUUUCAGGAUUGCUCAUGAUGAGGUGGCCAUUUAUGGAGUCUUGGAGCUUUUGGUACUUCUGCGCUUGCGGAUUAACCAAAUACGCACACAGCAGUGGAAACUUGUUUUGCAAUGUUUUCUUUGCACAUCUGUCUGAACUUUAAUUUUUUUGUUAACAUGUAUUAAUUUGUGAAACCUUUAUUUGUUUACCAUCUUGAGUGGUUUGAGUUUUUUUUUUUUUU